CCUCCCUUUGUAAACAAUCCUCCGUGUGUGUGAGCGUCGGUUUCUUCAUCGAAGUGUAUGUCCAACCUGUCAUGUGACAGGGUAGGUGCCUGGUAGUCGUCAUCACGAACUAGUCGAGAGUCCUUCAGCAUGUCGUGAGCCACCUUAACACCAGAUUCUGAAUGAAGGCGAUACAGGCAUCUCUGUUAUGUCAGACUGUGACAAGAUGGAUGUCUUCCUAUGACCCCAGAAACUCGCACAACAAAGCAAGAUUCACAGUGAGGAAAAUUGGAGCCUAUUCUAUCAUUGUGACUUUGGUAGCAAGUGGCACCCUCCUGUGGAUAGAGAUACAGUCCAUCAGAGGAAGACUGUCCUCAUCCCCACAGCUCAGUGUGUUCGACCUUGACAAGUCCUCCAACCCAUAUAUCUACAUCCAAGACAGGCAGAGAGACUUAAGAGCUAAGUCUCAAGACAUCAGGAAGAAGUAUCUUGAUCCAGAGAAAUUAAAGCAAGAGUCGUGGUUCCCAUGGUUACAGUCUUACAGCCAAGAUCCCUGGACCUUGCUUAAACUCACCAAGUCCGCAGACAGAAAAACAAGAUGGCUGGGGGUCAAGGCCAUUGCCGAAAUGGAAGACUGGGAGGACUACCAGUACCGCUACAUCGCACAGGCAUGUGAUGGCCACACUCUGGUGGGGCUGGCUCGGUCACCGGAUGUUGGGGACCGUUUCUUCCUGCCCCAACCCAAGCUGGUGCCCCUGAAGAGGAGCUGUGCUGCAGAGCUGCGGUCCCUGCUGUUGUCAUUGCCGCUGGAGAACAUCGGUGAGUGCGUUGAGUACUUCACAUCCCUGGCACUGGAGAAAGGACAGGUCCAAGAAGAUAAGAGCGUCCUCUGGUCAUUUGGAAAUCCGUCUUACGACACCAACCAAACAGACAGACCCGUCCCUGAAGAAAUCCAGCACUUGUACUACCUAGAAGCCCUAGAGAGUCACUCACAGAGUAAGGCUCAGUGUGUCCAGAUUGUACAGGAAGAAGGUCUCACCGCCCUGCUGCACCUGGUGAAGGAACUGCCAUCAAACUCCACUCUCCAUAUUCCUCACCUGGUCACACAGAUCAUUGGCAACCUCAGUCUGUGGGACUGUCUUCAUGAGGAGAUUAUCAGAACAGGCUGGGUCCCAAUACUGUCCCAGUGGAUGUCCCACAAGGAUCUGAUGUUGUCCCAACUGGCUGGCCGAGCCCUGCUGAACCUAGACCGAGACAGCAGUGACUGUGUGUGUGAGGAGGGAGUCUAUGUCAUCCAUCCGACACACAGGACAAGCGAGGAUCCCUACUGUGAUGUUGUGUUUGUACAUGGUAUAAUGGGCGGCCCUUUCAAGACCUGGAGGCAGAAGGAUGUGAAAGAUCAGGACCAGUCAGAGACUCAACAGUCCAUGUGCUGGCCCAAGGACUGGCUGGCGCGAGACUGCCCCAACACUCGGCUGUUGACGGUGGAAUAUGACACACACGUCAGCGAGUGGUAUGUCCGCUGUCCUCACAACAGAGAGAGUCGGACAGUUGAGAUGCGUGGGCGGAGUCUGAUGGAGAAGCUACACAAGGCUGGUGUGGGAUCUCGGCCAGUCAUCUGGGUGGGGCACUCCAUGGGAGGUCUCCUGGUGAAGCAGAUGUUGACCAUGGCCCAGGAAGACCCCAGGUUCCAGCCGCUGGCCACUCAGACCCGGGGGUUGGUGUUCUACAGUGUCCCCCACCGGGGGUCCACCCUGGCAGACACCACGAGCCAGGCCCGGUACCUUAUCUACCCCUCUGUAGAGGUGCAAGAACUCAGUGCAGAUUCUCCCCACCUGAAAGUCCUCCAUGACAAGUUCCUGACCUUCAUGAAGGACAACAGCGUGCCCUGCAUCAGUUUUGGGGAAACCUCCAAGACAUCCCUGGGGAAGAACCUCCCUAAAGUCCACAUCGUCCCUCCAGAAUCCAGCAAUCCUGACGUGGGAGAGUUCUACACCUUCAGUGAGAACCACAUCAACAUCUGUAAGCCUGCGGACCCAACAUCAAACCUGUAUGUGUUGCUUCUGAAGCUGGUACGUAACUGUGUCCUACAGAGCAAGGUGGAGGGUUUCCUCAAGGCCGGGAUUUCCUUCAGCGAGAUCAGAGACUAGCAGAAACCUUAUAAACUUGUCUCUUGUUAUUGAGAAGAUGGAGUGUUUAACGAGGACGGGAUUUCCUUCAGCGAGAUCAGAGACUAGCAGAAACCUUAUAAACUUGUCUCUCGUUAUUGAGAAGAUGGAGAGUUUAACGAGGACGGGAUUUCCUUCAGCAAGAUCAGAGACUAGCAGAAACCUUAUAAACUUGUGUCUUGUUAUUGAGAAGAUGGAGUGUUUAACUAGGCCGGGAUUUCCUUCUGCAAGAUCAGAGACUAGCAGAAACCUUAUAAACUUGUCUCUUGUUAUUGAGAAGAUGGAGUGUUUAUCGAGGACAGGAUUUCCUUCAGCAAGAUCAGAGACUAGCAGAAACCUUAUAAACUUGUCUCUUGUUAUUGAGAAGAUGGAGUGUUUAACGAGGAUGGGAUUUCCUUCAGCGAGAUCAGAGACAAGCAUCACAGCAUUGUAUGAGAUUCAUCUAAGAGUGACGAUGGAUGGAUGGAUGGAGGGAGGGAGGGAGGGAGCAUGGAUGGUUAUUCCAACAAUAUCACAUCAGGGGACAAAUGAAAUAGACGUCACACAUAGUGACCAUGUAGAAUAUUGAACCCAGGCCCUGACAUGAGGAGCAAACACAUUGACCACUAGGCUACCCCCACUGCCCGUUUAUACAUGUGAGAGUGAGUGAGUGUAUAAAUAGGGAUUUACGCCAUUCACAUUCAGCAUUAUCCGAGUAUCAAUCAAGAAAGUGUAAAUCUGAUGUCAUCAGUAGCUCCAAUGGCGCAGUGUUUAUGUAAAAUAACGGGAUUUUGCAAUAUACUGUAGCCCCUUCUUAAUUACAUUAGUCUCAGAUCAAUGGACCAGUGAACUUGUCUAUCCCUGUGAAUGGUGAGCACUUGUAAUACUACAAUCCAGAGAGGGGACCAUGUACACUAAGCAUUUCACCAUAACAACACCAGAUUUUAAACGUAGAAAACCUUGAAUCAUUUGGUGUCUGCAGUGUCUUUGUUGUUGAGUUUGCUCCCUGAUUUGGAGCAGGAAGAGUGGACGCAACUAGAAAACUGAUGAGGUGGUGAGGUGGUAUGCUUGACAGUUAGGGGAUGACUCUCCCAAUGUCCCCGUACAUAGUUUUAAGAUCGUCCCUGAAAAGACAAAAUGCAAAUACACUAUUUAUUUUAUUAUAAAUGAACAUGUUUACAUGCCACAAACUUUGUUUAUCAUUCUUUUGUAGCAGCACUAAUCUGUAGUUAAAUUAAGAAAAUAAAUUGACCAUAUGUUUUAACAGUAUUCCAAACAUUUUGUAAACAGCCAAAAUGUAAGCGAGGCCUAAGUGCAGCUUCAAAGUAAGGUCAUACAGAAUGGCUCUGUGGAAAUGUUUGGAGGUCUGCUUUGAUAAAUAUCUUCAGGAGAAUCCACUGAUGGGAGGAUGGGUAUCACCUGAUCUCUUUUGCUGCAUAGGGUGUCAACUGAAGUUGUCACGUGGUGUAAAGUGCUCACUAAAGGGACAUAACUCUGUAUGUCUUCUGUGUAAUGCAACACAUACAUUGCCUAGUCGUGGCUCAUUAUAAAUGCUAAAUGACUAACUAUUUGUUUUCAUUUCAACAUAAUUGCAUUAGAAGUUGUUUAGGGUGAUUCAAUGGCUGCCAUAAAUACUUUCCACAACAAUCACUCAUCUCCAUGAGUUUGGCUUACAACAUGAUUUUGUAAGUGAAUACCUGUUUUCAAAAUCCUGAGUUCACCACUAAGAAUGUGAUGAUUCCAAAUGUAGACACCUGAUAAAGUAUCGAUGAUGUACAGAGUAUAUAUUGUAGCUGUGAAAGAUAUGUUUAUACUAUAAAACAGUGACCUGUCAUCUGUUGUCGGAUGAAGAUAUGUUCUCUCUGAACCAGAAUAUUUGUUUUUUUUCUGCUCACUGUUUUAAGCUUAGUUCUGUUACCCUCAUCUGCCAUUACCACAAAUGUUUUACAACAAAUAUCUUUUAUAUUUUAUUUUGAUAAGUUGCACAUUUGAUAUUGUGCAAGAUGUUUUACUAACAUUAAAUCAAUCCUCCAUUAAAGUGUAUUUGAUGGGUUUGUUACAUUAGGCAGAAU